AUGGUACUGCAUUCCUAUCGUGUGGAUACUCACACACAAGCCGAAUCUGCAGGUUCCACUAAGAUUCGGAAGCAAGUUCGCAAAUAUUAUGCUACACAUGACAGCAACGUACAUUACACAGACGAUCACGGUUAUUGUGAUGGUAAGCGUGCGAUGGUAACAUUACAGGACAACGCGAACGAACAACCAAACGAACGCAUCAUGCCCAAGCCGAACAUGCUUCAUAGCAAGCCAGCUUCGACGAACAGGUUGGAAGAAUCGACAGACUUAGGAAAUGUGUCCACGCAUAACAGACCAAUCCGGACAAGUUUGGAGCAGGGCACAGCGUCCUCGUUGGAAAGUUCAAGCUCAAGCUCAAGAACCCCUGGACCACAGAGUGCCUUUAUCGAGUGCAGGCCCAGCGCCGAAGUAGACGACACUAGAAGACCUUUUGUAGCCCAUGAAUGGUGGACGAAGGAUAAAGAAGAUACAACUAAAUUCUUCUCUUCAUUUUUGCCUCUUCUGGUUCACGCUCAUGACGGCAAAGAUCUUGUUCCGGCUAUUACCAUAUCAAAAAAUCUAGGGACACGUAUCAGUAAGGCGAUUGCUGCGGAACGUCGAUACAAGAGUCUUUGGACGAAAAUUGACGACAACGACAUAAGAACCCAGGAUAAAAAGUCGAGGAUACUGAAGGACAUUGAAAUUUUUGAUGAAAAAUUAGCGAAUCACGACCGAGCUAUGCAGGACUCAUUAAACCCACCGAGCCCCGCGCAACGCAACAGACGACAAGAUCUUGUGACUCGAGCGUUCCUUGCGCGUAAGGAAUUCGAUCACAUUAUCGACAAUGAAAACUGGCUUUGGGCAGACUGUAACUCUGCUGAGCAAGCGUGCAGAGACGCGGGGGAGGAUGUUGGUGCACUAUUGCUUUCCGCCUGGCUACAAGCAGGACUGACACAGCCUGACUCCAUCGACGAUAAAAUACUUCCUAGAGGUGAGGGACGUGGCAUCACCCGCCGACUUGUAAGUGAGACGCCCGCUACAAGUCUCGGUCGCAUUCGAGAUAGUGUGCACCAAUACGCGAACGCUUUACGCAAGGCGCGCGAUCGAUUUGAAGACAUGUGUCAUCAUUACUCAAGCUGGGCACCCUGGGAGGAUGGCAUUCCUGGAGAGUUCAGAGACAGCGUUGUGAAACCAGCCUUCAUGGACAUGUUGCAAUGCGAGAAGGCGAAGCUUGAAGACGCCAAACGUGAUUACCGACGAGCCAUAGGUCGCGCUUGGCGUGAGAAGAUUCCCCAUACGGAUCUAGAUCUUGGGUAUGUUGAUGACUUGGAAAGCGUUGAGACAAAACUCCUUGAGGGUGAAGAUGCGUGGUUCAUUAGAGAAGGACCUAUCAACGCGCUGGAGAUUUGGAGACGCCAGAAUCCAAACCGUGCACCUUCUGAAAAACCUUUGUAUCCAAUCAGUGAGGAAAGAAACAAAGAGGAUAUACACCCGUGGGAAAGCAAGAGCAGAUCGUUCACUGAUCUGGCUUCGAAACAAAGGUCCGCGUCACUGGAAAGGAAACGACCCGAGCCGCCAGCCAAGAAGCUUCAUGCUAGCAGAGAUAAAGACAGAUACGGCCAAAGAAGAAGAGCGUACCUCGAUGACAGCCCCAAGGCUUUUGGUCCAUCGAUCCAUGCUCGGAACAGUAGAGUUAGAGUAACCUCGGCGCCUACGAAGCACCGACAACCUCGAGAACCAAGAAGAUUGAUGGCUAAGCAGCCCUGCAGACAGACCAAGAAAAUCAAACACGUGCGAUUGCCAAUAACCAGUUUCUUCAAGAAGCGUACGAGAACAGCAUAGGAAUCCAACACUGGCCUAUACUCUCACUAUUCCAGGCUAGGUGCGAUGGUUUGACGACCUACGGGUAUUUACAAAGGUCCUAUAGGACUAAUGGGGUGCUUGCUAUCGGCCUAGAGCACAAGUAUUGUUAUGAACAAAACCACAAAGGCUAUG